UAUUGACCGAGCAAUGAUCAAGGGCGCGCUAUCAAGAAAGUGUUUCCUAAUUUGAUUUAUUAAGUGCGGCAUCUUUUGUCACGGCCUUGUUCAGGAAUCGGUGUCUUUGCAAACAUGGAAAAAUAAUAAAGGAGGCUUGAGUGCAGGAAAUCUCCGGACGGGUGGUCAGUGAAAUGGAAAUACCUGAUCUCUUUCUGAUUUUUUUUUUGUUGAGUGACGCAGGUUGGGAGAGAGCUGACGCACAAGCCUAGAUUUGCAUGGAGUCCACCUCCUGAGAGCUGUCAAAGAGACCAGCGCCAGCAUCCAUCGCUCCAACAACGCCACGUCCAGCUACUGUUCCUUGGCGCUGUCCAGGGUGCUGAAUCGGACGCCGAGUUAAUCUGUACAAGCUCUUCCUGCUGGAAAGCGCCGGCGAAGGAUCUCCAUUCCCCCCUCUGCUCGGCCAGCAUCUGCGCGAUGCCUUCCAAAUACACUGCAUGGGUACUCUUCUUGCAGACGAUUGCAUUGGUGUUAUAUCAGAUCAAUGCAUUUCCGACGCCCGAAGGACCGCAAGACAAAGCUGUAUCUAACCGGGAAUUAUCAGCCGAAAGACCGGUGGACGAACAGAUCGCGGAGGCUGGACGAGUCGGUCAAUCAACAUCUACAGAGGACAAGGUCCCGCUGCAGAAUGAUUCGUUUGCAGAUGACUUCAUGCUGCUGAAAUCAUUAGCGGAAAAAGAAAAUGAGAAGGAAGGUUACAUCGACCAAAACUCUCCGAGUGACUCCUUUCCUCCCCCCGUCAAUGUAGAUUCCACCAAAAGCAGGAGAUUGGCGGAGGAUUAUGAUGAUUCUACAAAAAGUGCAAUGGAUUACAAAGAUGAAGAUGACCCCGAUGGUCUACACCAACUGGAAGGGACACCUUUAACAGCUGAAGAUAUUGUCCAGAAAAUCGCCAAUAGAAUCUAUGAAGAAAACGACAGAGGAGUGUUUGACAGAAUCGUUUCCAAGCUCCUAAACCUAGGACUGAUAACAGAAAAUCAGGCUAACAACCUAGAGGAUGAAGUUGCUGCUGCUCUGCAAAAAAUUAUUACUGAUGAAGCUCGUAAGAAUGAAGUGAGGGUUCAAAAUGGUGAUUACCCUGUUAUGAAGACAGAUGAAGACUUGACUGAAGGAGAAGGGGAGGAAGAAGUGAAAAUGACAAAACCUACAAAGAAACAAAGUAAGUUUGUGAAGGAGGAGAGCUACAGUGCUCCGGGCAAUACUUGGCACUUCAACAAUAACAAGAAUCAAAGAAGCAGUGCACUCACUGCUGAUGGUAUGGAAGAUCUUCAGUACUUCCCAAACUUCUACAACCUGCUGCAGAGUUUGAACACAGAGCAAGAUGCAAAGGAAAAGGAAACAUUGAUAACUAUCAUGAAAACUCUGAUUGAUUUUGUGAAGAUGAUGGUGAAAUAUGGAACAAUAAAACCAGAAGAAGGUGUUUCAUACUUGGAGAAUUUGGAUGCAAUGAUAGCUGUGCAGACAAAAAGCAAGCUUGGUAAAGUCAAGCCCUAUGCCAUAAAUAAGGAAGCAGCAGAUACUACUGAUGACUUGGACAGCACGAAGAACUAUCUCGUAAAGCAGGACAAAGAGACUACAAAUUCUGAAGACUCCACAAAAGAGGAAGUGGAAAAAACUGAGAACUCUAAAGGGUUUGACAAAACAGAAACGUACCUUUCUGCGAUCAGAAAGAAUAUUGAGUGGCUGAAGAAACACAAGCAGGAGAAUGGGGAAGGGUAUGACCUUCAGAAGCUGCGUGACAUCAUUGAUCAUCAAGUUGACACCUAUGUACAGAAAGGAAUCCUGGAGGAAGGAGAAGGGGAUGUCAUCAAACGCAUCUACAACAGCCUGUGAAAUCCUCCAGCGCAAAAGGGAAGUGACCCUGAUCCUUCAACAAUGGCCAGCAUUAUAAGUUUACUCAAAUAUAGUUUGUAUUAGUCUAUUUAAUAAGCUUUAUUUUUCCUUGGCUGUUCUGUAGUGUCAAGCAGAUUCUAAACUGGAAACAGGGAUAACUUGGGCUGAAAGAAAUAACAGGUUGGGUGAGGGAAUUGAUCCCACAUUCCGAGUGGAGAUGCCGUGUUGACUAACAGGGAUGGGCAGAUGGUGCUCCUUCAGUGCUCCUCUCAGCUCAAGGCACAGGUUUGCAGCUUCACCACAGCUAAUGUAGUUUCCCUGUUUCUGAAAAGAAUCUGCUAGAUACACAACAGGGCUAUUGCACGUGGUAAAGCUUUCAAACCCUAGCAUCCAUAUUCAAAAUGAGGAAUUAUACCAGAAGCCACCCACCAACUGUUAAAACUGCAAACUCCACCACCUCUGAUGCACCUGACAGUUUGGUUAGUGAAAGAUUUGUCGGAUGAGUGCAAGGCCUGGAUUCACAGGAAAUGAUGUGUGUGCAUUGCUUUUCUUUUCCAGUUCAAAUUUAUCUCUGGGCUCUAUGUCAUCUCUUGCAAUGAUACUUGAUCUGAUGAAUUUUCAAAUUAUACCUUGAAGUCUCCUCUUUUGCAAAGAAUUGUGGUGAAUUAAUAAAAGAUUGGAAGAGUUCCCAAAAGCUUGUUGGGAUGUAAACAACUUCUAAUGCUUUUUCCUCGUUUAUGCUCUAUGCCAGUAAAUUGGCUUGUACCAGAGAGUUUGAUUGGUGUAUUGUUAAUUUCAAAAGUAACACUGACUUUUCCUGCCAAGAAAUGGUUUCUAAAAUUACAAAAGUCACUCAGGUGGAAACACCUCUCCCCACUAUGACUUUCCAAACUGAUUUUAAUGUAUUGUGAUUGCAUCACAAAAUGACAUUUAUUGUGACUGUAGAGAGUGGGGUGGGGGAAAUGUGAUAAAUUCAGUUAUCUGAAUGGAUUACACGUGGAAUCUUGGAUCCUUUGUAAAUGAUUCCCAUUCAUGUGGUUGUCAGUAAAUGCAAGAGGUAUUUGUUCAAGUGUAAAUAUUUGUUAAAUUUUCAAAUUCGUGUAAAAAUGCUACAAUUAAAUGGUUUGAGUUUUCUUUACAAACUUAA